AUGGCAUACAACGGGCAAGCUCAGUACUUUGUUGCCAUUUCUGACUUACAUCAAAACACAAGACAUAGUUUCAGCAUGGCUGGAGUCAUCAUUGGGAAAACUGAUAUCAAAAGCCAUCCCGACAGGAAAAACCUACAUGCUAAAAUCGCCACUGGUUUUGACAGAUUAACUUUUGUCUUCACAAUCAAGGACUCGCCAGACUAUUUAAUUAAUGUCUCCUUGUGGGGCAAUGAUGAAUACAUCAAUGGACUGUCUAACACUUUCAGCGUAGGAGACUGUGUUAUUAUGGAAAAUCCUUUAGUUGCUACCAAAGAUCCUGAGAAAGAGGACAGAUUCUGCCCCUCAACUCCCAGCUUCUACAGGUUGCUGGUAAGUGAAGCUCACUCCCAGCUAUCAAUAUGCUCUGACAUAGAAAUGACAAACAGAACACUGCCUCUGUUCCACCUGCCUGUGAAGAACUCCAGGGACUUGUCAUUGACAUACUUGCUGCCGUUUAGUCGCAAGAAAAAGAGAAGUGUUGUAAAUAUUUUCCAAACCACUAUUUCUGCCCUCUAGAUUGCAGAGCCAAAGUAUUUCACCACAGCCGAUGGACACAAAGGGCAGAGGCUGGAAGGGAAGCUUUUUGAUGAUUCUGUCACAUCUUUUCCCUUAGUAUGCUGGGACAGAGAGGCGAUUCAGCUAGUUAGACUGAUACCAAGAGAAACAGUGCUCUUUAUCUCGGAUACCAGGAUUGGUUUUGACAGCUUCCGGAACUGCAUGACAGCUACAGUCAAUUCUAAAGCCAUAAUCACUGUCAACCCGGAUACGAAGGAAGCCAGCCUUCUGUUCAGCUAUGCCAACGAGGUCUCUGAAUCUUUGGAUGAGGAUGACAGGUCUGGAGAUGUGCCUGGUAUGUAA